UGUUUUUCGACCUCUCCAUCUUCUUCCCUAACAGGCUUAAACACCCGUUUCCUCCGAGUACCUUUCCAUUUUGCCUUUUUAACUGACUUUUUCUCCCUUUUCCUUUUUCCCAUCCUUCUAUGCACAGCUCGAAUAUAUCAUCCAUGGCAGUUCCCAGAAGUGCUGUCAUAAAAACCAGAUCAUUUUCAACAAAACAUCAACUUUAUUUCCUCAUAAUCUUCUCCUUCCUUUUACCCUCUUCUUCUUCUUCGAUCCAUGAUCUUCUUGUUUCGAGAGGCUUACCAGCAGGUCUGCUUCCCAAAGAGGUGAAAUCCUACACGCUUUCCGACAACGGAACACUCGAGGUCUUCUUGGGGGAACCGUGCCUGACCAAGUACGAGAAUAGGGUGUUCUUCGACAGUGUGGUGAGGGCCAACCUGAGCUAUGGAAGCUUGAAAGGUGUUGUCGGGUUGAGCCAAGAAGAGCUCUUCCUUUGGUUGCCUGUUAAAGACAUCGUCGUUUUUGAUCCAAAAUCUGGGCUUAUCUUGUUUGACAUUGGUGUUGCUCAUAAACAACUCUCCUUGUCUCUCUUUGAAGAUCCUCCUCUCUGUAAACCAAAAGGAGUACUGAAGAAUAAUGUGAGGAAGGAGAAAGGGUUUGAGGAUACGAGAUAGUGGUGGUGUCCUUUUGUUUUUGAUUUUAAAUAUAUGUAAUAGUUAAUUAGUUUUUUUUUCUAAUUAUAUACUAAAAUAUAAAUAGUUUUAGGAUUUGUAAUUAAAGAAGUGACUUGUUGGAAUCUAAUUUUCCCAUCAAAAUUAAAUUU